UUCAGCGAUUCGGUUCAAUGUCCACCAUAUUGGCAAAAUACACACGCGACGGUGUGUAAUAAUGCCAGGAAAAUAGAGAUACCGGACCGGCAAAAAUCAUAAAUCAUUAUUUUCUUGAGGAAAGGAUAGGGGCAAACUGUCAUCAGUGUUUGAAAUUCUGGAGAUUAACCAAUCUGAUAAUACACAAUGUCUGUUCUGCAAGCCAUUGAAGAAAAGCUGUCCAAGAUGCCGGCCCCAAUCCGGCUCAAGGACUUGAUCCGUAACAUCCGGGCGGUCCGGACGGCAGCGGACGAGAGGGCGCUUGUCCAGAAAGAACUUGCCCAGAUCAGGGCAAUGUUCCGAGACGAGGACAAUACUUACAGGUGUCGCAAUGUGGCCAAGGUCCUCUAUAUUCACAUGCUGGGUUAUCCAGCUCAUUUUGGUCAGCUGGAAUGUUUGAAAUUGAUAGCAUCCCCAAGAUAUGCAGACAAGAGAAUAGGUUAUUUAGGAGCAAUGUUACUUCUAGAUGAACGACAUGAUGUUCACUUACUCAUGACAAAUUCAAUGAAAAAUGAUAUGGGUCAUAACACACAAUACAUUGUAGGUCUCUCACUGAGCUGUCUAGGCAGUAUCUGCUCGCCAGAGAUGAGCCGAGAUUUAGCUGGGGAGGUCGAGAAGAUGAUCAAAACUUCAAAUGCUUAUAUCAGAAAGAAGGCUGUGCUAUGUGCCGUAAGAAUCGUUCGCAAGGUCCCAGAACUGAUGGAGAUGUUUAUCCCUUCUGUUCGCUCUCUACUAAAUGACAAAAAUCAUGGUGUGCAACUUACAGCUGUAGUACUGAUCACAGAGAUGUGUGAGAAGAGUCACGAUACACUUGUUCACUUCAAAAAGAUGAAAUUUGAUAUGUCUCUCAGCUAUACGCAUAGAAGACAAAUUGGGCUGGUGCCAAACCUUGUCCGGAUACUCAAGAACCUGGUCAUGUCUGGCUACUCACCUGAACACGAUGUCUCUGGAGUUAGUGAUCCAUUCCUUCAGGUCAAGAUCCUUCGGUUGCUGAGGAUUCUCGGUCACCACGACGCCGACAACAGCGAUGCCAUGAACGACAUCCUGGCUCAGGUGGCUACUAACACCGAGACGAGUAAGAACGUAGGCAAUGCCAUCCUCUACGAGACGGUGCUCUGCAUCAUGGACAUCAAGUCGGAGAGCGGUCUGAGGGUACUAGCCAUCAAUAUCCUGGGAAGGUUCCUCCUCAACACAGAUAAGAACAUUAGAUAUGUUGCCCUAAACACACUAUUGAAGACAGUACAAGCAGACAACAAUGCAGUGCAGAGGCAUAGAAGUACUAUAGUGGACUGUUUAAAAGAUCCAGAUGUCUCUAUCCAAAGGAGAGCAGUAGAGCUAUCGUUUGCCCUCAUCAAUACAUCCAACAUUAGAACAAUGGUCAAGGAACUCAUCUUCUUCUUAGACAGGUCGGACCCUGAGUUCAAGUCUUACACAUCAUCUAACAUCUUCCUCGCAUGCGAAAGGUACUCUCCAAACAAGAGGUGGCACAUAGACACCAUGAUGCGUGUCCUCUCAACAGCUGGUAACAACGUCCCUGAUGAAUCGGUAGCAAGUCUUAUUCAGAUGAUCUCAGACACCUCGUCGUUGCACGCCUACACUGUACAGCAACUCUACAAGGCAGUCAAAGACGACAUCAGUCAGCAACCGCUGGCCCAGGUGUCGGCAUGGUGCGUUGGAGAGUAUGGGGACCUGCUAGUACAGGGCGUGGUAGACGAGGAGGAGCCCAUCCAGGUACGUACCUUCUACCUAUCAGAGCUCAGCGUUGACCACCUCAAAGCACCGUCCUAUGAUCCAGGCCUCACAGACCCAUUGGAGGUAUCAGAAGAUGAUGUCCUGGAUUUAUUAGAGUCGAUGAUCCAGACGACGACGUCAUCACAAAUCACCAAGGAAUACAUCCUCCUGGCCAUCCUUAAACUCAGUGUCCGCUUCUCAGAAACAAAUGAGAGAAUAGAGAAGAUAGUCAAACCCUACACACGGUCGUUGGAUAUGGAGCUACAACAGAGAUCAGUAGAAUUCAUGUCACUCACUAAAUCUUACAAACAUAUAGCAGGGCCAUUAUUAGAAAGAAUGCCACCUAUGAACAGAGAGAAGAGAGAAGGCCAAACACAGAACAAUGGUGAAAUGUUGGAAGAUGAGCAGGUAGACAGGACAGGACCUAGCCUAGCGCCAUCACAUGAUGAGGGUUCAAGUCUAGUAGACCUAUUAGGAGGCGGCCCCAGCUCGCCCAUCAUCACAAACUCCCUGCCCCAGCAGCAGCCCGCCAAGCCGCUAGAACCCGUCGGUAACAACACAGACGGUCUCCUGGAUCUCCUAGGGGGUCUGGACCUCAGCGCUCCUGCUCCCUCCUCGGCACCUCCCCCCGUCCAGCCCACGCCUAACCCCGUCAUGAAUCUCAUGGAUGGCCUGGGUUCCAUGCAGACUGUGCCUCCUCCGGGUUCGGUGCCCCCAGCGCUAGGCAUGAAUAGUCUUCUAGGUGGUCCUGUUAAUAAUAUUGGUGGGUCGUCGUUCCCCACAGUAACGGCAGUGGAAAGUCGCGGAAUGAAGGUGGAGUUUUCUUUUGAGAAGGAUGCUGUGUCCGGGGCAGUCAACAUCAACCUUAAAGCAACCAACAGCACCGCCACUCCCUUUAAUGCCUUCUUGUUCCAAGCUGCUAUACCAAAGACAUUUGAGCUCGUGAUGCUGCCCCCAUCUGGGGAUCUUGUCCCCCCUAACAACUCUGGUUUCGUCACCCAAACGAUAAAGGUCGUCAACAGGUCCCCCGGCGCAGUCCUGCGCAUGAAGUACAAGCUUUCCUUCAGCAUCGAUGGAGUACCUGUUAGCGAUACGGGCGAGGCCGCCAACAUGCCCACCAACCUGUUCACGUGAUAGUGGCAUUCAUUCUCAACGCACCUUUCACUGUCAAAAUUAUUCUUCAUCCUCCCCCCUUUUUUGUUAUGUUAUCGUGUAUGUAUAUGUUGAAUCUACUAUAUCUAGAGAGAAAAGAUGAAUUCUUUUUUUAUUAUGCUAAUGAUUCUUUUGCAAUGAAGAUUUCUUGAUGUGAUGAACUCAAAAGGGGAUAAGCCUUUGGACAUCGCAGAGAAAGUAAGAUCACUUUAUAUACACUCAAUGUAGCACGAAAUUAGAACUAAAUGCUAGAGAGUAUAGAUAAUUGAUUGACUAAGGGGGACGAAGGAACCUUCCCACUCUUUAAUAGGUAUUAUUAGCCUAUUCUAAACAGGAGAGGAAGACAAGUAAGAGAGAGAAAGAGAUACAUACUGCGAGAGAUAGAUAUAUAGAUAGAGAGAGAGAUAGUGAGAGAGAAAGAGAGAGAGAGAGAGAGGGUGCGAGAGAGAAAGAGAGAGAGUAUGAGUGUGGGAGAGAAAGAUAAUAUUGCAUAUUCCAAGCAAUAUUAUCUGAGCCCAAUGUGUGAAGUUUUAGCUGUACAAGGGAAAAGUUACAGAAUAAAUAGAGAGCAGUAAGAAGAGCUCUUACAUCAUUAUUCACAAGUUUGAAUCAAUAAUUUGCUACUGCAAGAACUUAUAGUGGAUUCUAAAGUGUGUAUACUCCCUUCUGAGCAAGCUUUGCUAACCCGAAAAGACAUUAAUACAUGCAUUUAUACCUUUGCUUGUGGAGAAUGACGGAUAUGACGCAUAUUGGAAAGAUUCGAUUUCAACACUAGCACCAAUCAAGUGUCAAAAUACAGCACUAGGAAAUUCCAAUAACCUUGUACACGACCUUUUGAAAUGUAGGAACAAUACCAGAUGCAUGCAGAAUUUCUAUAGGCAAUAUGAUGAUGAUGAUCCACAGCACUUGUAAGGCGCCAUUUAUCUGUUAAAAACAUUCAAAGGUGCCCGAUCCUCCCAAUAGUCAAUGGUCAUGUGUACAUUUGCUUGAAAAAUAUCCUAGGUUAUUGAAAUUGCCCUCUAGGUGACUCCUUUAAAGUUUGUCAAAACCACUGCCUACUCUACACAAACCAACAUCUUCCAUUUGAAAUUUGAUGUGGCCAGAUUUGGUGAAUUUCAAAUUUUACUGUGGGUGUAGACUGUAUAAUCGUAGUGAGAUGAGGUGAUUAUUGGAGUGUAUAUGUAUUGCAUUGCAUGACACGCUCAUUUAUAAACCACAAUUAUAUGCAUACCGUCAAUUAUGUGCUGCACGUAGCAAUAUUCUCCAUUAUCGUGUGGUUUGAAGAGUAAAAAACAUCAGAAUAUAUAUAUAUAUAUGCUCUUGGACCAGGAGAAGUCUAUGACAAAAAUAUUGAUGCAGGUAUACAUGUAUUGGUAAUGUUCAUGACCCACAGAUCAUUAGCUUUUUUCUGAAUUUCCCAUGAAUGCCAAUAGAAAUAGUGGCAACUGUUCUAUGUUGCCAAAAGUAAUAGUGAUAAUUGUUCUUGGUCGUUAAGGGUAAUGUUAUUGGUAACAACUAUUUUCGGAUGUCAUUAGAAAUAGCGAUUUUUUUCUUGGUCAAAUACGACAGGAUUACAGUCAGUUUCCUGACUUUGAAUCAUGACGUUCAGAGCAGUUUAAAUCGUUGCCUAUUUUGCAUUUUAUGAAACGAGGCAUUUCAUCUGUCUUUGUUUCUCUCAACCCAGGUGUACAUGUUAGGAUUUAUUAUAUGGACUUGAACUUGAAAUCAAUUGCCAGUUUUCAAUUAAUCAAAAGUUAAUGUUAAGACACUGCGAUCAACAUAUCUUUCAGAAUGACUAUUGACACUGCAAUAUUUCUUGCAUAUUUUGUUUCCCUUGGGGCCAGUCUUUUCUGAAUUUAUCCUGAUGUGCAGAUAUUAUAAUUUCCAUUUUGCAUCAGUACUCGUGAGUGAUCUGAUCCAAGUGAGAUCGGAAGCCUGUCUGCCAGUGUUAUUGACAAUAACCGGGAUUGGGAGUCGAAAAUUUACAGGCAACAUACUCGGUUUGUAUUCCCAAUUAUCACACUUAUCAUUAAGUGAUAUGUGUGGUUGUGAUUGUUCUCUCUCUCUCUCUGUCUCUCUUUUCAUGUAUACUGUGCAAUUAAUUGCUUGCAAUCCCCUAAAAUUGGCCUAAUGAUCGGUACUUAAAUUUUUCUUUCCUUGGACGUCUAAUGCAGAGUUUAAAAUGUUGUUUUGGAGCGAUGUCUUGAAAUGGGUCCUGUAAAAUCUUUUAGUGUUAUGUUUUAUUAUACCCCCAAAUGAAAAUCACUCAAUAUCACCAAUGACUAGAGUUUCUUUGUGUGUCACUUACAGAAUGACCACUCUAUAGUUUUUUCAUUGAUAGGAUGUACAGGCCAGGCAGUUACUAGAAGGGUUCUCAUGUCCCAUUUGAUAUUUACAGAAUCUUCCUUUCGCAUCAUGAAUCUGUCCUCAACAAAGGCUUUGCUAAGAGCUUUAACUUAUCUUAUUGCAUCUAAUGAACAUUUAGAGGUAUACUGAAAGGACAACAAAUUAAAUUCCUUUAGUAAAGUUUUGUUUGCCAAAACAUUCAUAUAAAUGGAGCUCAACCACCCUAGUUAACAGCCAGUACUUAUUUAGCUUCCAAGGGGGAAAACCCCUUAUAUGUUGAAAUUACUAUAUGACAAAUUGCUUUGCAAUGUUGUGGUUAUGAAAAGGGCCAGAUAUUCCUAAUUGAUUGUAGAAUAAAGAAAUAAAGAGAAUCAAGUCUGUUGAGCCAUCUUUACGACAUUCCUUAACAUGCUGAUCCGUCUUUAGUAUAAUAUUAUUGUAUCACUAAGUAGUGCUCUUUAAAUAUUUCUGCCACAAUAUGCGUAACUUAAAAAAUGUAACCUUGAAUUGAGAGAAUAGUUGUCUGAAGUAUUGGCAAGUAAUAUCAUUACUGUUCAGGUGUAAACAAUCUUUUUUUCUUAACCGUAUUAAUCUUCUAUUGUUCAUUGUGUAUCUUUAUGUCUGUGCUCAGUAUUUGUAUGUUUAUCUUUUUCUUUUAGUAAGAUAUAUCUAUUUUAUGUCAGAAAAUACAGUUGGGGAAAUGAACCAAGCACUAGUUGGUGUAAAACCAGCAAUUUCUCUCCCCAUUCUCCAUUAUGAAGUUCAUCUCUUUGGUCUGUUCUAAGAAUAUGUACUUUCUGACAUGAAAUGUUAUUGUGCGUUACUUCUUUUGUAUUCACUUGUAGAUUUUAAACUAUUCCAUUUCUAGACUGUUUUAUAUAGAGAUUAUGUCUAUCGCGAUUCUUGUAAAGAUGAGAAACUUAUGAAUUAUUAUUGAAAUAAACAGUGUUUGUUUUAUCAA